AUGAAGAAGAAAAUUAGACAAUUCUUCCGAGCAUUGGGUGAUGAAGAUUACGAAGAUUAUGAUGAGAUAGAGGAAGAGAAAAUUGAAUUAGCAACAAAAGCCUCUCCGAUGGUUACCAACAACUCAUCCGAAAGUAACAACUCCAGUACUCCCGUACAUUUAUCUGCAUUCAAAUUCUUUAUACGAGAUUUGCCAAGACUUGUUUCUAGGAAAAACAAUCACUAUCGAGUGAGGAGAAAGAAUCAACAUAUUAUUAAGAGUAGUUUAUUGGAUUUUACUUCAAUUUAUCAUGUUCUCAUCAGUUGGUCUUGGUGGAAAUUAUUAAUUUUAAUCAUUGUUGGACAUUUGAUUUUGCAUUUGAUAUUCGCAUUACUGUAUUUUGUAGCAGGAAAGGAUACGAUUGGUGGAUUGAAUCCUGAUUUUGAUGAAGGUGACUACACAGCCUAUGGAUUUUUGCAAUGCUUUUUCUUUUCAGUUCAAACCAUGUUCACAAUUGGCUACGGUGGUUUGUAUCCAAAGUCAAUUUAUGCAAACUCGCUAGUGGUAGCUCAAUCAUUCUUGGGUCUCUUUACCUCGACCAUUGUUGUCACCUUGAGUGUUGCUAAAUUUUCUAGACCUACCAAACUAAGAAAGAAAAUAUUUUUCAGCAAGAAUGCAGUCAUUAAUCAUGUUGGAUACUUUUCAACUCAAGAAAUUUAUAAUGACAUUAGCCAGAGAGGACAAGUGACAGUGCCUCUUCAGCCAUUUAAGGAUACUUUACCAAUGUAUUUAAUAUUUAGAUUUGUGAACACACGAAAAACACAAUUUAUUUCUACAAAAUUUAGAUUAUUACUAGUUGAAUGGAAAAAUGAAGAUGAGCGAGUGGAAUAUGAAAAAUCACGAACUCAACAUGCAAACGAAGUUUUACAAAAACAAGAAAUUCGAAUUCGUAGAAACAGAAAAGCAGGACUUGUUCAACAAUAUAUUGAAAACAGCACAGGCAGUCGACCAUUGCAAAGCGAUGACUACAGUGUGUUGAACAUUGCUGAAGACGCACUUUUGUAUCAAGGCAGUGACAAUGUCAGCGAAACGUCUGCUCUUACUAGUUUUUGGAGAAAGAAAUCUCAACGUGUUGGAGUUUAUCCUGUGGUUCAUGAGCUUUAUUUCCAGAUUAAUAAUCAAACAGGAAAAUGUAUGGACAUUGACUUGUCGGCACCAUUACUUUGCCUUCCUUUCACUGUUGUUCAUCCUAUCACUAGCGACUCACCCUUGUAUCCAUUACUGACAAGUUCCGAGUUCAACAAAACCAGUCGAAACACUGAAAUCGUUGCUUGCUUUGAAGCCGUUGAUGAGGCAACAUCUGCCAACGUUCAAGCACGAUAUUCCUAUACUAUGAAUGAUAUUCUUUUGGAUCAUGAAUUUACUUCAUGCGUUUUUAGAAACGACAAAGAUGAACUAGAGAUUGAUUAUGAUGCACUCUCUUCUGUUAGGCCAAUAAAACUGUAA